AUGUCGUCACCACCACCUUACCAAACUCCUUCAAAUCCACUGAAACGCCCGUCUAUCUCAUCGGCGUCAUCUCAGCCGAUUGGCAAGAAACAACGUAUGCACCCGCUUCGCCAAACCUCUUUCCCGACACAUCUCGAAGCCCCAGAGCGCAGCUUCGGCGCGACAAGUGAUGCUGGUAGUGUCACUGGAAGUUACACAGGAAGUCUUGGGGGCACCAGCGCAGAUGGUGUCUUUGCAGCAGCUCGGGGGAAGAAGCGCGGGCGCAAGAGUAAGGCGGAUAAGGAACGUGAGCGCGACGAUGCGAUGAGUACGCGAACUGGUGAUGCGGGCCGAUUUGGCUCCGCGGAUGCCGAGGGAUCAGUACGCGGCGGCGGAAGAGGAGGGGAUGAUGGAGAUGACGAUGACGACGACGAUGAUGAAGGAGAGCUUCUGGGUCGAGAGGAGGGUGCCACAGAUACCGAGGCUGAAAAGAAGAAUUUGGCAAUUCUAGUUGAUGCAUUCAACCCUCUUCAAUCUGAGCGAUACGACCUGUUUAAGCGAACCAAGCUUCGAAAGGAAUCCCUCCGUCGAAUCGUCAACCACGCUCUUUCGCAGUCUGUACCCGCCAGUGUGGUGACUACUGUUAAUGGUUUUACCAAAGUUUUCGCUGGUGAGAUGAUUGAAAAGGCGCGAACGGUCCAGGAUGAGUGGGCGGAUGCUUUUGACCAGUCGGCGCGUGCUGCCUUCGAUGCUGAAGAAGCUGCGGCAGAGAAAGCCGCUCAGGCUAGAGCGGAUGCCCAAGCUGCGGCACAGGCCAGGGCAGCAACCUCAACACCGUCGGGGACUCCCGUCCCAAUGAGUAAUGGCAUCAAGCAAGAAUCACCCGGUCCAUCGCAAUUGCGCUCUUCUCCUCAUCCUAUCAACAUCAAGUCCAUCUCGUCUCCCGGUCCCCUCCGUCAACGACGCGAAUUUCGCGCACCUCCCAACCCUCAUCGCGGUCAGCUUUUACCAUCCCAUUUACGUGAAGCACUACGACGAACGAAGCGAGAUGGCGAAGGAGGCGGUGUUGGUUUUUCAGGAUUGAGUAUGGAUAAUCUCGGUGUCAAAGGUGCAUUUACCUGGAACUCGGGUACUAUUGGUGGACGCAGACUCUUCCGUUAG